CAUGAAAUGACGGAAGGGCAGAGGAAAACAGCGACACCCAGCCACGGAAUUCAAACGUUAUAUAUAUGUAUACCCUUCAUCAAUCUUAUUGCUUACUCAUACCAUCACUUUGAUAGCAGCCCAAAAUGCCCAAGAUCGUCCACAUCGUCCUUUGGAAACUCAAGCGCCCUUCUGCGCUCACUAGCACUUCCACUGAGGAAGUUCUCGCCAAGGCCAAAGAGGCUAUAAAUGCUUUGAAGAAUGUACCGGGCCCUGAGAGCGUACACUUGGGUCCCCCUUUGUUGGACGCUAGGGCUAAGGGAUUUGACUACGGUCUCUACUCCAUCUUUUCUUCUGCUGAGGCCCUUCAGACUUACGCUGUCUCUGAGGCCCAUGUCAAGGUCGUCACUGAAAACGUCCGACCCAACGUGGAUGAUGUCUUUGCCUACGACUUUGUGCUUGAGGAGUAGUUAUACCAAGUUAUAUUGUAACGGUAAUGCAGGGGAAGAGAUAC